AUGAGAUCUAUUCAUGCAAAAACACUUCUUGGUUUUACCAUUGCUGCUACUUGCACUCUAGCCUACAAUCCAUUCGUUGUUCUUAAUAACAAUUUUCGAGUACAAGAGUCUAAUCUAAUAGAGAUGACUGGCCUGAGACAAAAGGUGAUUACUCUCACAUAUGUGCUAGGCCUUGAAUUAUCUGCAGUAAUUUAAUUCAGUGACUUUGCUCUCCAAAAGUAAUACACAAAGAUUUCAAAGAUUGAAAAAUCACUAUGCGACACCACUGAUCUCCCAGCUGACUUCAACCUUACAGAUUUCUCCUACAAAUUCAAGAACCAAUCAUCAGGUCUUACUCAAUAUCUAGGAGAAAAGACUCUUCGCUGGACUGGAGAGGACAUGCUCUAUGCUUUCCACUUGUCUUGCAAAGAAUUGAAAUGGGUUUCUUUCGAUUCACCACUCAUUAUCAAUACUCCUGAAGGUCAUUCAUAUAAAGACUUCACUGAUGCUGACUUCGACGGAGUUACCUGCAAAAACCACAAGAAAAAUAACUUCAAUCUCUUUAGCUACUUCAAUUUAAAGAUGAUCAUCUGA